AUGGCGGCCGUGAAGAGCCUGAACCCCAAAGCCGAGGUGGCCCGGGCCCAGGCGGCGUUGGCGGUCAACAUCAGCGCGGCCCGGGGCCUGCAGGACGUGCUGAGGACCAACCUGGGGCCUAAAGGCACCAUGAAGAUGCUUGUUUCUGGCGCUGGAGACAUCAAGCUGACUAAAGACGGCAAUGUGCUUCUGCAUGAGAUGCAAAUUCAACACCCAACAGCCUCCCUAAUAGCCAAAGUCGCGACAGCCCAGGAUGACAUAACUGGCGACGGUACCACGUCCAACGUCCUAAUCAUUGGAGAACUGCUGAAACAGGCGGAUCUCUACAUUUCUGAAGGUCUUCAUCCCAGAAUAAUAACAGAAGGAUUUGAAGCUGCAAAGGAAAAGGCACUUCAGUUUUUGGAACAAGUAAAAGUAAGCAAAGAGAUGGACAGGGAAACACUCAUCGAUGUGGCCAGAACAUCUCUGCGUACUAAAGUUCAUGCGGAACUUGCUGAUGUCUUAACAGAGGCUGUAGUUGAUUCCAUUUUGGCCAUUAAAAAACAAGAUGAACCUAUUGACCUCUUCAUGGUUGAGAUCAUGGAAAUGAAACAUAAAUCUGAAACUGAUACAAGCUUAAUCAGAGGUCUUGUUUUGGACCAUGGGGCACGGCAUCCAGAUAUGAAAAAAAGAGUAGAAGAUGCAUAUAUCCUUACAUGCAAUGUGUCAUUAGAAUAUGAAAAAACAGAAGUGAAUUCUGGCUUUUUUUACAAGAGUGCAGAAGAGAGGGAGAAACUAGUAAGAGCUGAAAGAAAAUUCAUUGAAGAUAGAGUUAAAAAAAUAAUAGACCUGAAAAAGAAAGUCUGUGGUGACUCAAAUAAAGGUUUUGUUGUUAUUAAUCAAAAGGGAAUUGACCCAUUUUCCUUAGAUGCUCUUGCAAAAGAAGGCAUAGUAGCUCUGCGCAGAGCGAAAAAAAGAAAUAUGGAAAGGCUGACUCUUGCUUGUGGUGGAGUAGCUCUAAAUUCUUUUGAGGACCUAAGUCCUGAUUGUUUGGGACAUGCAGGACUUGUCUAUGAGUAUACAUUGGGAGAAGAGAAGUUCACCUUCGUUGAGAAAUGUAACAAUCCUCGCUCAGUUACAUUAUUGGUCAAAGGACCAAAUAAGCACACACUCACUCAAAUCAAAGAUGCAAUAAGAGAUGGCUUGAGGGCUGUUAAAAACGCUAUUGAUGAUGGCUGUGUGGUUCCAGGUGGUGGUGCAGUGGAAGUGGCAAUGUCACACGCCCUCGUGAAAUACAAGCCCAGCAUAAAGGGCAGGGCCCAGCUUGGAGUUCAAGCGUUUGCUGACGCAUUGCUCAUUAUUCCCAAGGUUCUUGCUCAGAAUUCUGGUUUUGAUCUUCAGGAAACACUAGUUAAAGUUCAAGCAGAACAUUCGGAAUCAGGUCAACUUGUGGGUGUGGACUUGAACACAGGUGAGCCAAUGGUAGCAGCAGAAGUGGGCGUAUGGGAUAACUAUUGUGUAAAGAAACAGCUUCUUCACUCCUGCACUGUGAUUGCCACCAACAUACUCCUGGUUGAUGAGAUCAUGCGAGCUGGAAUGUCUUCUCUAAAAGGCUGA